ACCGCGGCUGCUGAGCGGAGGUCCCGGAGCGAGUAACUGUCCGGAGCUGGUUGACUAGAGGGCACAGGUGGGCCCGCUCCUGCUUGCCAAACACAGGUUCAAGUCUAUCUGUUAGCUGAUCCCAUGGGGGUAGCAUUAACGAGAGCAGCUCAGUGGACCACUGCUGGAUUUGGAGCUGGCACCUUAGAACUUACCCCUUUAAAUGAAUCCCUUCUAAAAGACAUCGUCAAGUUUGUGGAGUCCUUUGGUACUAAAUAUCCUCAAGAGGCAGAAUUUGUUUUCAAAGAGUCACUUCAAUGGCCUACAACCUUGGAACCUUCAGAAUUUGAAUCAGGCUAUGUUGUCAGUGGAACAACAGUUAAAUCAGAAGAAAAUUCCAAAGAUGGGGAGCCACUACUGUUUUUGUCUGGAAGUGAUAUUAAAGUCAGCAGCUUUGGUCAACUGUCGCGCCUGUUACAUUUUGCCAAGGAUAAAAAGUUGAAGGAAACGCAAGCAUGUCUUGAAGCUAAUAGAGACCCUAUAAUGAAAAUUUUGGGAGCAGCAGCACAAGGAAUAGUAGAAAAAGAAGAUGAUGAUUUGACUGCAAUACGUUUCCUAGAUAAAAUGAAGAAAGAUGAAAAUUAUGAAAAUAACCUUAAAACAAAAAUCUCGCUUCUGCUGCAACAACUGGAUAUGAACCUGCUCGAUAGUUCUCUAAAAAAUAUCUCUUUGGAAACACGUUUAAGUCCAGCUUCAAUUAAAAAUGAUGUAGAUCUGCUCAAGCGUUUCUCAGGAGAAGGAGAACAAACAGUUUUGGAAUCUAUCAAUUAUACAUCAGACUUUGAAUUUGCAAAUGGGUGUCGGGCCCCACCUUGGAGACAGAUGCAAGGGGAAAUUUGUUAUUUAACCGUGAAACCCCAUGACUGUGAUUUUAUCUACCUGACUUGUAGCACAGCAGGAGUUUUUGUAAAUGGUGGCAUUGAAAGUGACACAGAAGAAAUUAAUUAUGAGAGGUGCAGUGAUAUAUAUAAAGAUCUUGUCACAAUUUUAAGAGAAAAAUCAGCAAAAUUUUCAGAAAAUAUAUCAAAACAGCAACAUUCAUUUUUUGGAACUAAAAAAAAGGAAAAAAAGAAGAAACGUCCACCUUUAAUUGAAGCUUCUGAAGAAAUACCCAACCUUCCACAAACAUCUACUGCUUCACAAAAGAGUCCAUCUGUAAAAAGACGCAUGGUUAGGAAAUUAGAACCGAGUUUAAAAUGGACAGCCUCUGUUGCUCCGCAAGAGAAACAAGACUCAAUAAAAGAAAGCCAAGAAGAAAAGUCUCUUCCAACAACUACAGAAAGGUCAAAGUCACUAAUUUCUUCGACCUCAAGUGGAAGGUCACACUCUCUAACCCGUAAAACUUCUGUCAAGAUAGAAGACCUGAUUAGUGAAAGUUCUUCUGAAAGUGAGGAGGAGGAUGAACAGCCUGAUCAUCGUCAGGAAGGACAAACAGAUUUGCCCUCUGAAUAUUGGCAAAUUCAGAAACUAGUCAAAUAUUUAAAGGGAGGAAAUCAGACAGCUACAGUAAUCGCAUUGUGUUCAAUGAGAGAUUUCAAUUUAUCCCAAGAAACCUGUCAGUUGGCUAUCAGAGAUGUUGGAGGUUUGGAAGUCCUAAUCAAUUUGCUUGAGACAGAUGAUGUCAAAUGUAAGAUUGGUUCAUUAAAAAUCUUGAAGGAAAUUAGCCAUAAUCCUCAGAUCAGACGUACUAUUGUUGACCUUGGAGGUUUACCAAUUAUGGUGGAUAUACUUGAUUCUCCAGAUAAAAAUCUGAAAUGUUUGGCAGCUGAAACAAUAGCAAAUGUUGCCAAGUUCAAAAGAGCCCGGAGGACAGUGAGACAAAAUGGUGGCAUCAAGAAAUUGGUUGAGUUGCUGGACUACGCUCAGAGUAAGACAGAUCUUGGUCAUCACCCUAACAUGUAUGAGAUCAAGGACGUAGAAGUGGCCCGAUGUGGGGCUUUGGCACUGUGGAGCUGCAGUAAGAGCCACUCAAACAAAGAAGCCAUUCGAAAAGCUGGGGGCAUCCCUCGGUUGGCUCGAUUGCUGAAAUCUCCACAUCAGAACAUGCUAAUCCCUGUCGUGGGGACUCUGCAAGAAUGUGCAUCAGAGGAACAUUAUCGUGCAGCCAUCAAAGCAGAGCGGAUAAUUGAAAGUCUGGUGAAAAAUCUGAGUAGUGAAAAUGAGGUGCUUCAGGAACAUUGUGCCAUGGCCAUCUAUCAGUGUGCUGAAGAUGAGGAAACUCGAGACCUAGUUAGACAGCAUGGUGGUCUCAAGCCACUCGCAUCUCUGCUUAAUAAUACAGACAAUAAAAAGCGGCUAGCAGCAGUUACAGGAGCCAUAUGGAAAUGCGCCAUCAGCAAGGAGAAUGUAACAAAGUUUCGAGAAUUCAAAACUAUUGAAACCUUGGUAGGACUUCUGACUAAUCAGCCUGAAGAAGUACUUGUGAAUGUGGUUGGAGCCCUAGGAGAAUGUUGUCAAGAACCAGAGAAUCGAGCUAUUAUCCGGAAAUGUGGUGGGAUCCAGCCACUUGUUAAUUUGCUUGUGGGAACAAACCAGGCUCUUCUUGUAAAUGUUACAAAAGCAGUUGGUGCAUGUGCAGCAGAACCAGAAAGCAUGACAAUAAUCGAUCGCUUAGAUGGAGUUCGUUUGUUAUGGUCCUUGCUGAAAAAUCCUCAUCCAGAUGUUAAGGCCAGCGCUGCUUGGGCUCUCUGCCCCUGCAUUGAAAAUGCAAAGGAUGCUGGAGAAAUGGUUCGUUCCUUUGUUGGUGGCCUGGAGCUCGUGGUCAAUUUACUGAAAUCAGAAAACAAGGAAGUCCUAGCAAGUGUAUGUGCAGCGAUCACCAAUAUAGCAAAGGACCAAGAAAAUUUAGCAGUAAUAACAGAUCAUGGUGUUGUCCCUUUGUUGUCCAAACUUGCAAAUACAAAUAAUGAUAAACUGAGACGGCAUCUAGCCGAAGCUAUCUCUCGUUGCUGUAUGUGGGGCAGAAACAGAAUCGCGUUUGGAGAACACAAAGCUGUGGCACCUUUAGUCCGGUACCUGAAAUCCCAAGACACCGAUGUGCACCGAGCCACAGCGCAAGCCCUGUACCAGCUCUCAGAAGAUGCUAACAACUGUAUCACCAUGCAUGAAAAUGGAGCGGUCAAGCUUUUACUGGAUAUGGUUGGCUCGCCUGAUGAAGUGCUCCAAGAAGCGGCAGCUGGUUGUAUUGCAAACAUUCGCAGGCUGGCUCUAGCCACAGAGAAGGCAAGAUAUAGUUGAAGUCUGAACAGAUUUUACUAGGUACUAAAUUUUAUGUGACACUGAACAUGUGAUUUCGUGGCCAGGCAGCAUAAAUAGGGAGGCAUUUAUUAGUAAUUUUUUUUUUAAGAAGAAGAAGGAAAAGCAAAUACUUAAAUAAAAACACACAAAUUAAAUAUGCAAAAGGUGCUUUUUAAUUUAAAAAUUGUAUGGAUCCUUUUAGAUAAUUUAGUGUUUUCCAGUAUAUCAUUAACAAAAUAUAUCCCUAUUAAAAAUUUGUGAUUUCCCCAGAAAUUAACCCCAAUUAAAAAAAAUUAUUUCAGUGAUGCUUUUACAUUUCUGUAAUUUAAAUAAAGAUGUGGCCUGCAUUUCAUGCAGGUCUACAAUGAUUCAUGAA